CGGGGCGCGAGCAAGAUGGCGGCGCUCGCAGCGAAGGGCGCUGCUGUGCCGCCCGUGCGGCUCUCGCGCGUGGCGCGGGCGCUGUGGGGAUGGCGCGUGCAGCGGGGGCUUGGGCAGGACGCGGGGCCCGCGGGCGAAAAAAGGGAGGCGAAGCCUGCUUUUACGGAUGAAGCGGUUCAGGAUUUGCUGUACAGGAUGACGGGGCUGAACCUGCAGAAGGUUUUCCGUCCGGUUCGGCAGGAGCUGAAGCCGCCCAAGUACCGGCUGCUGACGGAGGCUCAGCUGCAGGAGGCCACGAGAAAAGCCAUUGAGGAGGCCAAAGAAAAGCUGAGAAUGCCGCCAGUGCUGGACGAACGAGAGCCCAUUGAUGAUGUGUUAGCAGACGACAAAGUCCUCGAGGGAACUGAAACUGCGAAAUACGUGUUUACAGAUUUAACUUACGCCACUCCGCAUCGUGAACGUUUCAUUGUCGUUAGAGAACCAAACGGUGUAUUACGUAAGGCAACCUGGGAAGAGCGAGACCGCAUGAUACAGAUCUUCUUCCCCAAAGAAGGGCGCAGAGUUACUCCCCCAGUGUUAUUUAAGGACGAACACCUCGGGACUGUGUUUCGGCAAGACCGUCAUGAAGAUAUCCUUAACAUGUGCAUUGCUCAGUUUGAGCCAGAUUCAGCUGACUAUAUCAGAGUUCAUCAUCGAACAUAUGAUGACAUUGAGAAACAUGCAAAAUACGAUCUGCUCCGCUCAACAAGGCACUUUGGAGGCAUGGUGUGGUACCUGGUAAACAGAAAGAAAACGGAUGGCUUGCUGAUAGAUAUGAUCAACAGAGACUUGCUGGAUGAUGCCACGAGUUUAAUCACACUGUAUCACAUGCUUCAUCCAGAAUGUCAGUCAGCAAAAGAAGCCAAAGAAGGGAAACUUCAUGGAAUUGAUCUGAUCAAGGUCUUUGUGAAAACUGAAUCACAGAAAGAAGGCUAUAUACAAUUGGCCCUCCAGGCAUACCAAGAAGCAAUGGCUACGUCUACAGCUUCAUGAAAUAAACAAUUCUUCAUCAUUA